AUGUCGGCAAACCGUCAGAACGAUGAAGUCGUUUCGCUUCAAAAGUCUAUUCACAAAGACGUCGUUGAUCGUCUAAGCGCCCUCCCAGAGGAUUUGUCAUCAGCUAUCAAUGUUUUGCAGGCUGCGCAUGCCGAGUUUGCUUCUUCUCGAGAGGCUUCGAAACGCGACCUGGACGAGAUUCGUAAAUUGAGGGCGGCAAAUAGUGAUCUCCAA